UCCUCUUUCAAUCCUUCCCUUCGCCGUUCCCCCUUCUCUCUCCCCUCUCUCUCGCUACCUCCCCCUCCCCUCCGUCGAUCACCGCCGGCCGCCAUCACCGGCCCUCCCUCUCUCUCUCAUUUGUGCGUGAGCGCGCGUGCCUUCGCUCUGUCCUCUGCUUCCUAGAUGAAACACGGCGCUACAAAUCCAGCUAUCGUGUGCCGCCAAAGAAUACAGAAGUAGCAGACAUGGAAACCUUGGCUGAGGCUGCAGAAUCUCUUGCUCCUACAUCGUCAGACUUCAGCAACCUACCCAACUGGAUAAUUCCAAAUGAUGACCAGCGUUUUCUUUUACUCUUCAUCAUGGGUACAUACUUUGGACCUGAUCUUAAGGGAGAGAAGCCAAAAAAAUCAGUUCUGCAGAGAAUGGCCGAGGGGCUUCCACCUUAUACUUCUGAUCAGCUAGCUGGAUCACAAAUGAAACUGUUGGAAGCAGAGAAGAUAUACUACUAUGUGCUUAGGGAGGCAGGCCAAUCUGUCAUUGUGAAGCCACCCAUUUUGCAUCUAUUCUUCCAAGGGAAUCUCUUCAACCCAGCACAGGAUGCUAUUGCUGAUUACCGCCAGUUUCCUGAUCUCUUUCCUCCUCAUUUGCAUCCCCAGUCACAGUUAAGUGAUCAAUGCCAUGUAAUUGAGAACAUUGUAUUCAUUAAUAAUCCAGAAAUAUCUUACAUUAAACCAGAGGAUGUAGAAAGAUUUAAGAGACUAACUAGGCUUGAGGAUUUGCUGCUGGAUAGAAAUGCUGCAAUGUCACACACAGGUGAUGGUGUCAGUGGAGUUACAAAUUCCAAUUCAGAACCACAGAAAUCUAAUGGCAAGUUGCCCCUCAGAAGAUCUUCUAGGAAUUCUCAUAAAAGACAGUAUUCAGAUUAUGUAGAUCCUGAGGAGGCUAUGCCACCCAUUCAUGACGCAAUACCUUUCAACAGUGUACCAUUCAGUAGUACACCUAUGCCAUGCAAGAGUGUCCCAAUGAGCGUGCCAAUGAUGCCAACUGAAUUAAAAGCUGAGCCUGCAGAGAGAAUGGGGUCAGCUAUGCUUAUUCUUCCUUCUCACCCAACAUCUGAAGAGUGGAAUAAUAUUGUAGCUACCACCAAGAAUGGGAUAGCUUUGACUGGCAGUGUAGCUGAAAGGCAGGCUGGUCCACUUAUAGGACUCGUGGACAUUGGUGUUUGUGAAGAUGCAUAUUUGUUCCGUAUAUCCCUUCCAGGUGUAAGAAAGGAUGAAAAGGAAUUCAGUUGCGAAGUGGAGACUGAUGGGCGGGUAUUGAUAAAGGGAGCCACAACAACAGGUGAAAAGCUGGUAUAUAAGAACUCUCAGGUGUUUGAGAUGCAAACACAGUACCUUUGUCCAUCAGGACACUUUUCUGUAGCCUUCCAGCUCCCUGGUCCAGUAGAACCUCGAGAAUUCUCUGGUAAUUUUGGGGCUGAUGGGAUUCUCGAAGGUAUAGUAAUGAAAGAGAGAUCACGGAGAUAAUUUGGUAUGUAUCUUUUCCUUUUAUGUUUCUUGAAGCACAAUUUGAUUUGUAAACUCUCUCUCUCUCUCUCUCUCUCUUGAUGCAUCUUGGGGAAAUAGAAUUAGUUGCAGUAAGUCACAGAAUGGUGGGAAGUUACUUGAGAUGUUUCACUUGUCUCCAUCUUAGUACUCAGAUCUGUUCAACCACCACCAGUUUUAUGUAGUGGACCAACUGAUUCCAUAUAGGGAGUGCUUUUGAA